AAAUAGGUUAAAGAAUCAUGUUUCUGUUUUUUUGCAAAGUGUGAAGGUUUUUGGGUGCCUAUAUGCACAUGACUUACUUUAUGAAGCGAGAUGGCUGCCCUAAAUAAUUGCAGUUUCAUCAACAGUAGUUCUCAAUAUGACUGCAAGUUUAAUGAGGACUUCAAGUACGUUUUACUUCCUGUCAGUUAUGGAAUUGUGUUUCUUAUUGGCUUGGUUCUCAACGUCAUUGCGUUGUAUUCCAUGCUGUUCCGGAUCAAACACUGGAGCCCCAACACCAUCUACAUGAUCAACCUGACUGUAUGUGACACACUCUACAUCCUAACACUACCCUUUUUGAUCUACUACUACGCUGACAAGGAUGACUGGCAUUUCACUGAAGCCUUUUGUAAACUUAUACGCUUUCUUUUCUAUACCAAUCUCUACGGUAGUAUCCUUUUCCUCAGCUGCAUCAGCAUCCAUCGCUUCCUUGGCAUUUGCCAUCCAGUGCGAUCAAUGCAGUGGGUUAACGCUCACCGUGCCCGUUUUGUCUCAGUCAUCAUUUGGGUAAUCGUUCUCAUCUUCCAGGCACCGGUGCUCUACUUCUCCCGAACGACCGAUAAAGUCUGUUAUGACACUACAUCCCAGGAGCUCUUUAAUUACUUUGUAGUCUAUAGCUCAUUCAUUUCAUUAAUUCUUUUUGUAAUACCCUUUGCAUUCGUGUUAGUCUGCAAUGGCCUCAUGGUGCGAAAACUUAUACAGCCCUCUACCAUAGGAGGUGCCACGUCCAACCGCUCCAAGCAAAAGUCAGUGAAGAUGAUCGUCAUCGUCCUGCUGGUCUUCAUACUCUGCUUUCUGCCCUUCCAUCUCACCCGGAGUCUGUAUUACAUUUUUCGAUAUGUAAAAGUAAACUGUACACUGUUGGAAGGUUGUAACAUAGCUUACAAAGUCACAAGGCCACUAGCCAGUGCGAACAGCUGUUUGGACCCCAUCCUGUACUUCCUGGUAGGCCAGGGUUUCAGACGCAAACAAUCCAAGAACCUCAAGCAAUCUCAGAGAUCUGAGGAGAGCAAGUGUCUUUCAACACCUUUAUGAACAAAUAGCUUGAAAUAUGGAGCUGAACAAGCAAGUAGAAUGACUAAAGAAUGUUAUAAAAGGCAUAGAAGUGUUUUCAGGACUGCUGAACUAAAUGAAUGCCUCUGAACUCCAAGAUGUCAUUAAUAUUGCAAAGGAUUAGUAAAUCUUACACAGACACACAUAGGUAUUCCAUUUAGUCUAUCUAUAGCUCUUUAAAAAUACAAUGAAACAAGUUAAUAAUCUAAUCGAAAGUUUCAAUAUUUUUAUCCAGAAUUCAGAUCAACAGAGGCACCACAAAGUACUAAUACAGUGGAACCUUGGAUUAUGAGCAUAAUUCGUCCUGGAAGUGGGCUCGCAUUCUAAAACACUCGUAAACCAAAUGUAAUUUUCCCAUAAGAAAUAAUGGAAACUCAAAUUAUUCCCCCACAUCCCUAAAAAAUAAAUACAUAAAAAUAAUUAACACAAAAUAUAAAUGAGAAAUAAAACAAAUUAACCUGC